UCUGGAACCGGGCGACUUCCUCUCCGCUCGUCUGGGUCGCCCGUCUGCCCGCCGCUGGCCCGUCUCUCUCCUAGCAGCUGUCCCGCGCGCCCGCUGGCCCGGCUCUCCUUCCCUGCUGUCACCUUCUCCACCCGCCUGGGUGGCCGCCAUGAGCCGGAAGGGGCGCAUCACCGACUCCUACCCUGCUGUGAAACGGAGGGAGGGGCCUGCCGGGCAUGGCAAGGGGGAGCUGGCACACGAGCUAGGGGAGGAGCCGCAGCCGGCCGGGGAGGAGGACGCCGCGCUGGAGCUGCUGCGGCAGUUUGACCUGGCCUGGCAGUACGGGCCCUGCACAGGGAUCACCCGCCUGCAGCGUUGGCACCGAGCUGAGCAGAUGGGCUUGCAGCCCCCGCCCGAGGUGCGCCGGCUGCUGAAGGCUCACCCCGGAGAUCCCCGCUUCCAGUACAGCCUCUGGCAUCUGUACCCGCUCUGAGGCAUCACCGAGUCCUGCCGCCAGCCAGCUGAGAGCCUGGCACCAGGAGCCAGGGCCCCUGUUGAGCUCCACUGCAGAGGGGGACUCUGCAGCCGGCCCGGGGCUGUCUGGCUCAGUGCCUCAGCCUCCACCCACUCUGACUGGCCCCUCAGGCCCGCACAGUGCAAGCUGAACUCCU